CCCUCGCUGAUCAACGUUAUCUGCAUCAUUGUUUUGCAUGCAUUUCAUUCACGACAUUGCUGUCGCCAAUCACCACUUUCUGGGAAAUUGACGUGGCUAUCAAGUGUCCACUCCCCGACAAUCUUGUUCCAACUGAUUAGCAUCGACCUGACACCCACCUCUCCACAUUCGUCUGAAUAUCCGUCGCCCACCAUGGAAACUAUACGCAGCACCGUUGAGCACUUUGACAACGCCAUGAGCCGAUCCACUUUUGGUCGAGUAUUCCACCUCACGGGCUCAGGACAUGACUUUGAAAUCCCAAAUUCCAAGUUUACAACUGAGAUUCGUGCCGGGUUGACAUCCUUUUUUACCAUGGCGUACAUCAUCGCUGUCAAUGCCUCUAUCCUCUCAGAAACAGGUGGAAAUUGCGUAUGUAAUGAUACUACCGGCGAGGAUCGGUUUUGCGACAACAACGCAGAAUAUGCCAUUUGCAUCCAAGAGUUAAACCGAUCUCUAAUCACAUCCACCGCCGCCAUAUCAGGCUUUGGUUCAUUUCUGUUUGGAUUCAUGACGAAUAUGCCCGUUUGCCUUGCGCCUGGCAUGGGAUUGAAUGCGUAUUUUGCGUAUACGAUCGUCGGUCACCACGGAAGCGGCGUGAUAUCCUACAAUCUUGCCCUGACCGCAGUCUUCAUUGAAGGUUUUGUCUUCGUUGGCUUAUCUUUGAUCGGCAUGAGACAAUGGCUCGUCAAAGUCAUUCCCGUCUCGCUCAAGAUUGCAGCCGCCUGUGGUAUUGGGCUGUUCAUCUCGGAGAUAGGCCUGAGUUAUUCUGCGGGGAUCGGGGCCAUCACCGGGGCAGUCGCGACGCCCCUCGAGAUCGCCGGUUGUCCAGAAGCUUAUAAAGACACAAACGGGUUCUGUGUCAGCAACAAAAUGACAAACCCAACGAUGUGGAUUGGUAUCUUCUGUGGUGGUGUUGUGACGGCAUACCUGAUGUCUUACAAAGUCAAGAGUGCGAUGCUGGUUGGCAUCGCCUUUGUCACGAUUCUCUCUUGGCCACGUGGCACCUCUUUCACUUACUUCCCUGACAAUGAAAUCGGCGAUAAUCGAUGGAACUUCUUCAAAAAGGUUGUCGAAUUCUAUCCCAUCCGUACACUAAACGUGUUGGACUGGAACAUUACUCAAAAUUCUUCCCACUUCGUACUUGCUUUGUUCACAUUUCUGUAUGUCGAUAUCAUCGAUUGCACGGCCACACUAUAUAGCAUGGCCCGCUUCUCGGGGGUCGUGGAUCCGGACACUGGAGAUUUCCCGAGGUCCACUAUUGCCUACUGUACCGAUGCUUUCUGUAUCUCCAUUGGAGCCCUUUUAGGCUGUUCGCCUGUCACUGCCUUCAUCGAGUCUGGGGCUGGUAUCGCCGAAGGGGGUAAAACUGGUCUAACGGCCAUGACUUGCGGCAUCUGCUUCUUCCUUUCUAUGUUCUUCGCACCCAUAUUUGCUUCCAUCCCACCCUGGGCUACAGGCUGUACCCUGAUCCUUGUGGGUUGUUUGAUGGUCCGCCAGAUUGUGAUGAUCAACUGGAGAUAUAUUGGCGACGCCAUCCCCAGCUUUAUAACACUUGUUUUCAUCCCCUUCUCAUACAGCGCUGCGUAUGGAUUACUUGCAGGACUCCUCGCGUACGCAUCCCUCAACGGCUUGAUCUACCUCACAAAGCUCAUCACCCGUGGCCGCGUUGUACCCGAUGAUGAAGACCAUCGCGAAUACUGGACCAUCAAACCGCACGGAAAGCUUCCAUGGUUCAUCAGCGCUGGCGAAGCCAUCGCUUCCUACGUAGGCCAUGGCUCUUCGAAAGGAAAACCCAUGCGGGACUCGGCUUCGAUGAUGAGCGGGCUUUCGGAACAGAGGUUCCAUCAAUUCAACCAUGAGCUCGAUACUGUCGUCACGGGUUUGAAAGAUCCUCGCGAAGAGAAGGUGAUGAACCGCAAUGACAAGUAUUGAGGACAAGGACAGUACAGUGUUGUAGCUAAUGGCUAGGUGAAACUCGUACAUGCUGGCCUCGCAUUUUGUGUUAUUGCUGGUGGAGUUACCUUGCCAGGUAUUUGCUUGCAAGGCAAGGGACGAAUGCAUU